AUGGAUCACUCUUUAAUUGGUUGUCUACGCAGCCCUCAUGCCCCGGCCCAAGGCCUGCACCCCGCAGUCACCCACUCGCCACUGACCCUGCUCGGCCAGAGUGACCACGUCUCCGAUCUACCCAGCUCCUCGCCCCCCUGCAGCUACUCUGGAGGAGAGGACAAUGGAGUGUUCAGCAGCACAGGCCACCUGCCUCAGCAGCAGCACCCACCUGGCUGGCCCGUCCCCCCCCAGGUGCUCUCACCUAACAGUGUCUGCCUGCCACUGCUCGAGGCCACGGCAGCCCCGGAACCGUGCUCGCGGGGCCGGAACCUGUGUGGCUCCAACCCCAGUUUGGACAGCGGUGAACCCAAGGGUGCGUCGUGUGUAACUGGGGAAUAUGGCCGUCAUAGUCUGUCUUCAGAGGAGCCAGACAGAGGGAGCAGUAAAGGCACGAAUGAUAACUCAGAGUCCCAAGACAGGAGCCUUAAGUCAGACAUGACCAGCAAGCCCAGGAAGGAGCGCACAGCCUUCACCAAAGAACAGAUCCGGGAACUGGAGUCCGAGUUUGCACACCACAACUAUUUGACCAGACUGAGACGCUACGAAAUAGCUGUCAACCUCGACCUCACGGAACGACAAGUGAAGGUAUGGUUCCAGAACAGAAGGAUGAAGUGGAAACGUGUGAAGGGAGGCCAGCAGGGGGCAGUAGCACGAGAGAAAGAGCUGGUGAAUGUAAAGAAAGGGAUGUUACUGCCAUCUGAGAUUUCAGAGAUCAUAGGACUGAAGCACUCUGCCAUCUUGCAGAAGCUGGUGACCAAGGAUGACAGCCACGACAGCGACCAGAGCUCAGAGAAUUCUAACUUAUGA